UCGGGGUUCCGCGUGGGUUGCCCAUGGCCAAAGGAGAAGGAGCAGAGAGCGUGUCAUCCGCGGGGCUUUUGCAGCAAAGCAUCUUAAAACAAGAGGAACUGAGCCGUCCCAAGAGAGAAAGCAAAGGCAAGCUAUCGAUAUGCAGCAAAGUGUGUUACGCCAUCGGAGGGGCGCCUUACCAGAUCACCGGCUGCGCCUUGGGCUUCUUUCUGCAGAUCUACUUGCUGGAUGUGGCACAGCUGGACCCUUUCUAUGCGUCCAUCAUCCUUUUUGUGGGCCGUGCCUGGGAUGCUGUUACUGAUCCGUUGGUGGGCUUCUUCAUCAGUAAAACAACAUGGAGUCGCUUGGGACGGUUGAUGCCCUGGAUUAUAUUUUCCACUCCCUUUGCUGUGAUCUCUUACUUUUUGAUAUGGUUUGUGCCGGACAUCCCUCGAGGGCAAGUGAUGUGGUAUCUUUUCUUCUAUUGCAUUUUCCAGACCCUCGUAACGUGCUUUCAUGUUCCGUACUCAGCCCUCACCAUGUUCAUUAGCAGGGAGCAGAGUGAACGGGAUUCUGCCACCGCCUACCGGAUGACGGUGGAAGUGCUUGGGAGUGUCCUGGGAACAGCCAUCCAAGGACAGAUUGUGGGCAAAGUGGACACGCCGUGCAUUCCAGACCCGCUCCUGUUGAACAUUGGCAACUCUUCUUCUGUGGCCAUGGAGGAGGUCAACAUCACCCAUGAUACUGGUUCACUCACAGAUACGAGAAAUGCCUACAUGAUUGCAGCUGGUGUCAUUGGUGGGAUAUACAUUCUUUGUGCCAUCAUCCUGUCUGUGGGCGUGCGGGAAAGACGAGAGUCCUCUGAGCUCCAGCUGGGCAAGCCGACUUCCUUCUUCCAGGGCUUGAAGCUCGUGAUGAAGCACGGCCCCUACAUCAAGCUGAUUGCUGGCUUUCUCUUUACCUCUCUGGCUUUCAUGCUCCUGGAAGGCAACUUCGCUUUGUUCUGUACAUAUACCUUGGGGUUCCGGAAUGAGUUCCAGAACAUUCUACUCGCCAUCAUGCUCUCUGCCACUUUGACCAUCCCUUUCUGGCAGUGGUUCCUAACUCGCUUUGGGAAGAAAACGGCUGUCUACAUUGGUAUCUCGUCUGCCACCCCUUUUCUCAUCUUGGUUGUGACUAUGGAAAGUAACCUUAUCAUCACCUAUGUGGUGGCCGUUGCAGCUGGGAUGAGUGUAGCAGCGGCUUUCCUUUUACCCUGGUCCAUGUUGCCAGAUGUCAUCGAUGACUUCAACCUCCAGCACCCAGAUUCCAAUGGCCAUGAAGCAAUUUUCUUCUCCUUCUAUGUCUUCUUCACUAAGUUUGCUUCUGGGGUGUCUUUGGGGAUCUCCACACUCAGUUUAGAUUUUGCCGGAUACAAGACCCGGGGCUGCUCCCAGCCGGAGGCGGUCAACUUCACGUUGAAGAUGCUGGUCUCGGCUGCUCCUGUGGUUUUGAUCAUCCUGGGCCUGCUCCUCUUUAAGUUGUACCCCAUUGAUGAAGACAGGCGGAGGAAAAACAAGAAAGCCCUGCAGGACUUGAGAGACGAAGAGAGCAACAGUAGCUCGGAGUCGGACUCCACAGAGCUGGCCAGCAUUGUCUGACCCUGGCUUGCCUUGGUUUACUUGUUUACACACUGGGAUCCUUAGAAAAUGGGAAGGGCCGCCAUGGCGUCUGCUGUGCAGGAGAGAAGCUGACUGGCUCCCCUAAGGGGAGUGCUCUAUGACGUCCUUCCAGACUGCUCUGGAGAGCAAAUACUGGGAUACGUUGUGCCUUAUGUGGGAUCCAUGGAGCACCGGCCCUGUGUGCAUGACAGGGCAGCAUUUGGUACUGCAGGAAGGUACCUCUUGAUGGAAUAAGCACUAAGCCAGGUGUGUCUUCUACUGGAAUCGGUUUGCAAAAUGCCUUUGAGCCAUGUCGUUCUUUGGCCAGGGGUGUGGGUCUGCUCCCCGCCACCAAUCUACCCGGUACCGUCAGCACAGAAUGUGGUGCACGUCUUUGCAGUACUGUUGAAGGUGGAGGUGUUCGUGCGUGUGCUUUUAAAAUUUUAUCUUACCAUGGACCCAGAUGGUGGUGCUUGGUGUAUAUUACACCCGUGGCAUGUCCUUCCAAACACAACCUCGUCCUGUUCUCUUCUGUAAAUAAGACACGACUAAUGUAGAAAGCAUCCUGUGGUGUUGCUGGGGAUUUUUUAUAUAUAUAUAUAUAUAUAUUUGUAUAUAUAAAGAGCUUAAUUAAAAUAACUUAAUUAUGUUGUACAUAUAAAAGUCACAUGUUUUCCUAUUUGUAUAUGUCUGCACAGAAAGAAGACUGUGAAUCUAUU